CUCGUUUCCACGUCGCGGCAGCGCGGAGGCAGAGCGCGCGCGCGCAUUCGGGAGGGAGUCUGGUCGCGUGAGCCAUUGGGGUUCCCGCAUAACGGGAACAGACAACAAAACACGCAGGCGGACGGACCGGGAAAUAGGCAAGUGAUCUUCAAAACCAAAACCAAAAAAAGACAAAUCCAGCGACGAAACAAGUUUUUUUUUUGUUUUUGUUUUGUUUUUUCAUUUCCAAGUAUCCGUGAUUUAUUUAUUUAUUUAUUUGCUUUAUUUAUUUCUUUUUAUCGAUUGAUUGCGUUUUAAUUAGCGGAGUGUGACAGACCGGCGGUGGGAGGGGCGAAGCGCACGAUAGCACGUUAUGUUGCCUUAUUAUUGACGUUUAUAUACAAAUAGAUUAGAACAACAACAACAAAAAAAACUCAGUGUUGCGAAUUUCGACUAGAUCAGGCUGUGAAUGUGAAAGCCAGUGUUUAGCAUGUAGCUGUUGGAGAAAAACGGAUUCAUAGCUAAAGACCAAAUAAAAACGAACCAAAAGAACAAACGCACCAAACAUCAGAUGCAGAAUAAACACAAGAAGCACUGAUUUAUUUUUGCUAGUGUCAGGACGUGAGGGCUUUUCUCCUAACAGAACUACAUGCAGGUGUCUCCGUUUAUUCUGUUUUUAGAGCUAAAGCAAAGGCACGAGCGAGGAAGGAAGGAAAAGGAAGGAAAAGGAAGGAAGGGAAAGAAGCGAACCUGCGCGUAAUCUUCACUUCCAAAACCUCACAAAUGCAUCCAGAACAUUUCUCCAUUGAAAGAAAAUAGUUUUGCGGUGAGAUUCGCAAAGCAUUCGGCUCUCAACGACAGGUGUAGUGUGUAGCAUCAGUGAGGAUAUCAGUGUGAGUGCACAGCCUAGUCUGUCCGCCUGUGUGUGGGUUUGUGUCUGAGCAGCUUCUACUGUUGUCUCUAGGCUUAUCGCCCAGUUUAAAAGUCAAUGUACCCAGAAUAAAGAAUGAAAACGUGAUGCCAGAGAGCACCACACCGAGUUAGUAUCACUGAUCAAACUUGGUGUACAAUGCCAAAGAGAUCCCGAACACAGCCAAAGUCGAACACGACCGAGCACGAGGUGAAGACCGACACAUCCGAUCUCAGCUAGAAGAGACCGGCGACUAGAAACAGACUGCUGUAAUAACGCCAAAGCAAAAAGAAAAAGAACACUAAAACCAGCAACUGGGGAAGAAGAAGAAGAAGAAAAAGUCCAGAACAAAAGCCUGAAGACGAAGGAGGAUCAUGUUUGUCCCCUUGCCGCUGCCGUUUGUCUUGCCGAGAACUGCCUCCGAGCUCCGUGCCUGGCGCCUCAAGUCUCCGCCGGCUGCGCGCGCGCUCUCCGAUAUCAGAAUGUCGAAGUCAAUAGAGGUUGAAAAUCCAGAGGCAGACUCUCCGAUGGAGAAUACAGGAGAUUCAGAGAGGAACGGUUCUGACUCCAGUAACCAGAUUCUACAAAUGAAAAUAAACCCCUUCUCACUUUCUCCAACACUAAGUGCCAGCAACAAGGCCAAGGUGGAGGAGUGUGGAGAGAUGUCUCCAGCUUCGGUUCAGGCCACACCUACUCAAACACCCCUCCCACACACACAGCUGAUGCUGACAGGAAGCCAGCUGGCAGGACUGACUGCUCUCUUGCCCGCUCAGCAGCAGUUGCUCCUCCAGCAAGCGCAGCUCCUGGCUGCAGCCGUGCAGCAGUCACAAGCAGCUCAUGCAGCCAAUCAGCAGCAAACGCAGCAGCAGCAGCAGCGGCAACAGGCCAAUCAGCAGGCAGCUUUGCCCCAGCUACAGGGCCAGUCCAAGAGUACUCAGGAGCAAAAUGCUGCUCCUGUCCUGCCCUCUCCUCACCAGCUUACCCUAUCUCAACCAAUUCAGCUCACUGCCCAGGACAUCCAGCAACUGUUGCAGCUGCAGCAGUUGGUCCUCGUCCCAGGGCAUCCUUUGCCCUCACCUGCACAGUUUCUUUUGCCACAGGCACAGCAGGGGCAGCAAGGGCUGCUACCGACACCAAAUUUGAUUCCACUACCUCAGCAAAGCCAGGGGGGCCUCCUGACUGCUACUUCUGCACUUGGUCUUCAAGCACAGCAAAGAGAAAAGGUCAUGGAAAGCAGUGUCAGUACGGUGACCCCUGUGACCUCUCAUGCCGAGGAACCAAGUGACCUGGAAGAACUCGAACAGUUUGCUCGCACCUUUAAACAGAGAAGAAUCAAACUUGGAUUCACACAGGGUGAUGUGGGAUUGGCUAUGGGCAAGCUUUAUGGAAACGACUUUAGUCAGACGACCAUCUCUCGCUUUGAGGCUCUCAAUCUCAGCUUUAAGAACAUGUGCAAACUCAAACCUCUCCUGGAGAAAUGGCUCACUGAUGCCGAAACCAUGUCAAUGGACAGUACCUUGCCAAGUCCCAGUUCUUUGUCCUCACCAUCUAUGGGCUUUGAGGGCCUGCCUAUUCGCCGCCGCAAGAAACGCACCAGCAUCGAGACCAACGUGCGUGUGGCUUUGGAGCGCAGCUUCAGCACGAACCAGAAGCCUACCUCAGAGGAGAUUCUACUAAUCGCUGAGCAGCUCAACAUGGAGAAGGAGGUGAUCCGUGUCUGGUUCUGCAACCGUCGGCAGAAAGAGAAACGUAUUAACCCCUCCAGCGCCACCCCUCCCCUGCCCAGCCAACCCCAGCCUGCCACACACAAACCCCCCUGCUACAGCCCACACAUGAUCCACGGUCAGGGACCGUCUCAACCUGUUACCAGUCUCAGCACAGCAGCAACCACCAUGCCCUCAGUUUGUCCUUUGACCCCCACUGGUCCCUCCUCAAGCUCCACCCCUUCGCCUGUGACCCCGUCUCCUCGCAGCGACGCCAGCCCUGUUCCUGCCACUCACACAUUAAACCUGAGCACAGGUUCGUGGCGUAACAAGAACGGUGACGUGUCUAACUACAUCACCGAUUUUGCUGCAAAUCUGAGGAAUACAGUGAUUGGAGUUAAUACAGGAAUGAACCAAGCCCUGCGUGGCAGCAACCCAAUCGCCACAAUUCAAGCUCUGGCAGCCAGUGGUGGCCAAACCACCAUUUCCAGUCUUGAAGGUGGCAGUAAGGUGCUGAUUGGUGGUUCUGGAGGACAAAGGUCAGGACUCCCUUCUUCCCUCUUUCUUAACCACCCAUCACUGCUACCCAUGGCAGCGGGCACAGCUCUGGGAUUUGGCAGCUCGAUCAUAUCCAAAUCCGGCAGGCCUCUAUUCCCGGGUGGCCUGAGUCCCUCCCCAUGCUCAAGCCCUGACUCUUCCUGCUCUUCCAGCGACUUGCUACACAGCCCACACGAUCUGGGGAGCGGCCAAGAUUGAGUGACACUUCCAGGAAACCAAUAACAGGACCAGAAGGAGGAACUGAAACCUCCCAUCACAACCAAAGCAUCUCUGUCUCUCUUACGUCCUUCGUCUUUUUGUCUUUCAUUCUUUCUCUCUUGUUUUCUCCCGCUCUCCUGAUGCCAAAAAUACACAAAGUGGAAGAGGGGAGAGAUGAAGAGACAGAGGUGAAGACGAGACGGAGCGAAGAGGAGAGAUUUACAUGUAAACCAAAAAUUCACCUGGAGAUCUAGUGGUCGAAUGAGCGCAACCACUUCUCCACCGUUGUUGUUUUUUUCUCUCUCUCUCUAUGUUUCUCUGGAGAGUGUAAAGGAAUAAAAGAAAGGACAAUAGACAUUGGUUUAAGAACUGCAGGAACAAGAGGAAAGAGCUGAUUAUUAAUGAUCCUUGAGCCAAAAAUAGCAAAACUAAAAAAACUUUUAUUUGUUGCAGAAUGGCAGUCAGACUUCAGCUCUGACCAGUCUGGAGAACUUUAAACCAAAAAAAAAAUAUGAUAGAGGUGAACUUUAAAAGACUCACAGUGACAGAAAGACAACCAUACCAAAAACCCAUAUACCAAAAAAAUAACCGAAACCAAAAAUACGGAAGGAAAAGCUUUAUCCUGUGGACCUGUAAAUAGUCCAGCGUCCAGCACCAGACCCACACCAACGAUCCAGCAACCUCCCACUCCGUCAUUUCAUCUGACAUUCUCUCAUUCUGUCUCUCUAUAUGUCAGUACUUCUUUUUAAAUCGUCAUUGUUUAUUAAUUAGCGAAGAGGUAAAUAUCUAAAGUAUUAGCUGUGUAUUGCUGUGCAACAGUGAAUGAGCAAAGCUCAGAAGUGUCAGUGUGUAGAUAUGUACAAAUUUCUCCCACUUUCUACCUCUUUAUCAGGUUUUCUGUCUAGCUUUAGUUCCAAUUUAUCCAGAUAACCAUACAUGAGAAGGUUUUUGUGUUUGUUUUGUUUUGUUGUUUAACCAUCAUCACUGUCAUGUCAUCAUUUCUGCUUCAUGUCUGUCACACGUGUUGGAGAAUGUCAUAAAAAAUUCAGAUGAAUUUAAUCCAAGGUCUGCUGGUGUACCUGCAUGUUUUACGUCACUGUGUCUUACAUUCAUGUUCAUUCUGUCUUAUCUCCAUUAAAAACACUUUGAAUCCAUUA